AAUUUGUAUUGUAAAAGAUCGUCAGCAGAUCAAUAAACACUAAUCUCGUGAUAGUAUUUUUGGAUAUGGUUUGGAUACCCAUACCAUACAAUUAUGUGUGUAUCAUUCUCAAGAGCUGAGAACUAAAACCGUAUUAGGCGAUCCUUAGCAUUCGCGUUUUUAUAAUUAUUGAUACCAGACGGUUACGGCGACCCUCGUAAGCCAACCAGAACUAAAGGAAUCCAACUAUUGAAUCUGCUUGAAAUCUGAUGAAGCAACUAUUUAAAUAUCAGAAUCCUUGUGAUGUAUUUUGAUACCGAAGUUAUGCAAAAGAGAAGCUUCACAAUGUCGAAAUCAGCUGUACGAGAAUGUAAAGGACUUAAAAAUGAAAUAGUAGUGAAAAUGCCUCGCAAAACAGCAGCGCAAUAUAGUCGAGAAUACAGAGCCAGAAAAAAGGCUCGAAAAAAUGCUUUUAUUCCAAAACCUACACCGAAAACACCAACAGAGCGUAGUCGCGAAUUUAGAGCGCGGAAAAAGGCAUUAGAUAAUGCUGCAAAGGGACACUCGGUAAAUUCUUCGUCAAUUUUAGAUGAACAACAGCAAAAUACUUUAUUGGAAAAUAUUGAACUACAAAAACCAAAAAAGAAAUCCAAAACCCCCGCAGAACGUACUCGUGAAUGUCGAGCUCGGAAAAAGGCUUUACAAAAUGCUGUACUGAAACGAUUAUAUCAACCGGAUGUAGAUCAACAAAAUUCUCUGUCGAAGAAUCUUACUAUAAAUAUUGCACAAAAUGCUAUCAGUCAUAGUAAAAUCGUGAAAAAAAAACCAAAAACACCUACAGAGCGUAGUCGCGAAUGUCGAGCUCGGAAAAGGGCGUUAGAAAAAGCUAUGAUCGAACACUUAAUAAUAACCCCUUCAACAAUUAUCCUUCAGGAUGAUAUGCAUCAGCAAAAUACUCUGUCGGAAAAUUUUGCUCAAUUAAACCCGCAAAAUACUCUAUCAGAUAAUCUCGCUGAUGUACUUCCACAAGACACCCAAUUUGAAAAUCUUGCGGAUUUACAACAGAAAAAUUCUUCGUCAGAGAAUAUUACAGCAAAUGCAAAACACGUCGAUAGCAUUCGGACCUUAACGGAAAAAACUAAAACGCCAACAGAGCGUAGUCGCGAAUUUAGGGCUCGGCAAAAGGCUUUGGAAUAUGCUGUCAAACACCUACCGAGUAAUGUUUUAUUAGACAAUGACAUUUGUGUCACAUUCGGACCUUGAGGGAACACAAAAAGGCUUUGGGAAAUGCUAUCAAACACGUAUGUGUUUACUUAGCGUGUUAGUGGACAAUGACUUAUGUGUAACUAUUUAUAAACAGAAAGUGAUGCACUGAGUGUACGUUUAUAAAUAAAGACAGUGUCACCAAUACGACGUCAUAAAAUAA